AUGGCCACACCCCCGGGGGCCGGUCCCGCUGCUCUUCGCUUUGUAGCUGCUGCCAGCUGGCAGGUCAUUCGCGGACGCUGCGUGGAGCAUUUUCCCCGAGUAUUGGAGUUUCUGCGAUACCUGCGCGCUGCUGCCCCUGGCUUGGUUCGCUACCGGCAUCAUGAACGCCUGUGUAUGGGCCUAAAGGCCAAGUUGGUGGUGGAGCUCAUCCUGCAGGGCCGGCCUUGGGCCCAGGUUCUAAAUGCCCUACAUCACCACUUCCCAGAGUCUGGACCUGCAGUGCGGGACCCCAAAAUCACAAAGCAGGAUCUGAGGAAGAUAUCAGAGGCUCAGGAAACCUUUUGCCAGCAGGUGAAGCAGCUGGCAGAAGCCCCUGUUGAUUUGGCUUCGAAGCUGCAGGAACUCGAACAAGAGUAUGGGGAAACUUUUCUGGCUGCCAUGGAAAAGCUGUUUUUUGAAUAUUUGUGUCAGCUGGAAAAAGCACUGCCUAUGCUGCAGGCACAGCAGCUUCAGGAUGUGCUGAGUUGGAUGCAGCCUGGAGUUUCUAUUACUUCUUCUUUCGUCUUGAGCCAAUAUGGCGUGGACAUGGGGUGGCCACUUCCAGAGUGCUCUGCUACUGAUGCAGUGAACACGACAGAGCCUUCAGAGCAGAGUCCUCCUCAGCAACCAAGACCAGCACUCCACGACCCUCUGCCAAAAGCCUCUCCUGGCCCACUGCUUCCUCAGGGACCAGCCUCAAGGAAGCAUCCAGAACCUCUGACCGGCCACCAUUUCAAUCUGGCCCCUCUAGGCCGGCGAAGAAUCCAGUCCCAGUGGGCACCCACUAGCAGAGGCCAUAAGGAGCGCCCCACAGUCAUGCUGCUCCCCUUCAGGGAUGUGGGUUCACCAGCCCAGGUCACAUCUAAGCCUGGGAGGGGCAAAGACGGCACACACCCAGCAGAUCCAGCAGGUGCCAUGGGCACCAGAGCACCCUUGACCGGGAAGUCUAGGAGUCCGUCCAAGACCCUGGGAGGAAGAGCUGUGAAGGGGAAUCCAAUUGACUCAUCUGCCUCGGAGCAAAAGGAGAACUGCGACAUGGACUGCCACAUGAAACCACUAAGAUUGUCAUUAUCACCUCCUAGGAAGUCAGUUUGUCCUCCAUCUCUGUACAGCUCUGACAUUACCAUAGGGGACCUGGUUUUGGACUCGGACGAGGAAGAUAGCCAGAGCGAAGGAAGGGAACCUCUGGAAAACUAUCAGAAGACAAAGUUUGACACCCUGAUCCCUACCUUCUGUGAAUACCUACCCUCUUCUGGCCCCAGCACUGUGUCUAUCCCCUUCCCUGACUGUACAGACAGUUCUAGACUCUUGUGA